AUGGCUUGGCUACUCAUCGCGGUCUGGUGGCUGCUCAAGGCCAGAAAAACACUUGAGCACUAUGGACGGCGAGAUUCCGUGAGAUCCGGGGCCAGUAUAGGCUCAUCCAUGGCGUCGUCCUUAACUUCAAGUAAUCAAGCGUACGUUGACCUCCUGAAGGCGUCCUUUAUACUGUACGAUAUUGUUCUGUACGACAAGAGACUACCUGAUUUCCUAAGUCGCGAAUGCCAGAAGGUGCUCGUCGAAUUAUCGGAAGGGAUCGGUGAAACCGCGACUCGGGUCAUUGCCUUGGGUAUACCGGAAUAUCCAGCGGGUCAGCCUCAAAACACCAAUCUGCAAGAACAGGAUCUGCUCGAGGAAUUUCCUAGCAAUAAUGGAACACCCUUCUCUAGUCUGGAAAGAACCCACUGGGUCACUGUGAAGCUUGAAGAUGUUGGAGAAGAGGGCGAGAAGGCUCUUUUCAGAACAUUCAUUAACGCUACCAGUACUUGCAAGACAACUCGUAGGUGGACGAAAGAUGCUCCAUACAUGCUUCUCUUGUCUGUCAAGGAUGGUGAAACUGAGCCAAGAAUCACUAUAUGUAAUCAAAGCGGCACUCUGUGUCUACAGCGCAACUUCGAGCAAACAGACUUAAAGGAUUUGACACUGGCGGAUGGUUCUCUCAAUGGCAUAGCUGAAGCCAGGAUAACAGAGCCAUUGAGCUUUGAUUUUGAUAAUAGAAGGAUUGAGGUAUCUUUCCAGUUCUAUGGUGACUAUAUGGCAUUCAUCAGAAUUCCCAAGGAAUAUUUUGAGGCUGUGUCGCUUCGGGAGCCAAUUGAUCGAGGGCAGUCCUCGGAAACUGUCCUGUUCAAGAGUCCAGUGGAGGAGUACGAAAGGCUCAAGGCACCCGAAAUGAAAUCGAUGCAUCCCCCAAAUAUUCACAAAUCGUGUGAGGUGCGGAUAUUGGAGAGGUCUUCCAGCCAAGCUUGGAGUACCACCCGGCGAUUGGUCAUUAGCAUGUCCAUCGCUAAGAAAAACCCAGGUUGCAUGGGAUUCUUCAUGCCCCUGAGUCGAGUAGACGUCAAUCGCGAUGAAAAUUCCUGCGAAGUGCAGGUCAAAUGGUCGGAUACUCUUCAGCCAGAAUCCACACAAACAGAUGGCAACUAUCAUCCUCUGUACUCCUAUGUCUAUAACGCCAACAAGCCCAACAUUGGAAUCAAACUUCGGUUCCGGACGCCACGUCUGGCCGAGAAGUUUGAGAAAGAGAUUUUCGGCAUUGGCUAUCGAUCAAUUUUCUCCUGGGAUCAAUGUGGCAGCCGUGGUAUUGUUUAUGACGUCGAGGGUGCCGAUCAGAAGCCAUACAAGGCCAUUGCGCUGUAUCGAGGAACAACACCUUGGAGAGGAACGGACCUGUUUUACCUUUAUCGUGAUAGCGAUUAUAUCUAUGAGCACGCCCAUCUCCGAGUUCGUUUCCCAGGUCUCACUUACACCAACUAUUUAUCUACUUGUGUCGGUCAAAUCAGCGCUCCUCAGCGACCUGUGGAAUUCUCCGGCUGUGAGAAGAGGGUGCAAAAGAAUGUGACUGUGGAGUUCGACGAUGAGCAAACCAUGCGCACUUUCAUGAGCUCGCUUGCUUCAUCAUACGAGCUGGUGUACUCCCGAAGCGCCAUGUCGCUGAAAACCAAGAGCCGGGGCAUAUUUGGGGUCACCAGAGCGUUAUCAAGUAAAGGAGCUACUGAGGUACAGCUAUGGAGAAGAGGGAAUCAUUUCCAGCUUGCCUCACGAUGGGCCGACCACAUUCAGAACAGAUGGCUUACGAUGUCAGUGCCUCUGCCGGAGUUGAGGACAAGCGGGCACAGCAACCGGGUUGAGUUUCCGCCGAUGCCAUAUUUCCGUGGGCCUGUACUCGAUUUUGCGAAUAUCUUGGCUCGUGGACCAGCAAAGAGUCCAAGUUUGAGUGAGCGAAAGGGUCCUAUCACCAUCACGUUUGCAACGUCCAGAGAUCAGGAAGAGUUUGUCGACAUACUUCGUUCCUCCGCGACAAGACCAGUGUGA